GCCGCCGCAGCCUCGGCCGCCGGGCAAGUAUCUCCGAGCGGCGGCUUCCUGGGUGCCCCGACGCGGACGGGGGCUCCACGCUCUGCUCGCUCCGCGCGGAGCCAUGCUGGGCAGCAGCGCGUAACCUCCGCGCUCGGGCCGCCGCCGAAUCGACCCGGUGCACCUUCCCUCGCCCGAGCCCAGCUUUCUCGGCACGCAAGUCCCUCGGUCUUCGCCUACCCCUCGCAACCAUGCCCCGGGCGACUGCGCUCGGGGCCGUUGGGCCACUGCUGCUGUCUCCUUUGCUGCUGCUGCUGCUACCGCUGCCCCACGACGCGGAGGGGCUCGGGGAGCGCUCGGACGCCGCCUCGGACUACUCGGCACUGGAAGGCGAGGAGGGCACGGAGCAGCAGUUAGAGCAUUACCACGACCCGUGCAAAGCCGCUGUCUUUUGGGGAGACAUUGCCUUAGAUGAAGAGGACUUGAAGUUAUUUCACAUAGACAAACCGUCAGUGGAGGAAAUGGGACAUCGAACAGGUGGACUUGAAGAGCAGUCAUUCGAGAGCUGGCCGAAUGCCACAGCCACGAAUGCCAGCAGCGACGAAGCUGGAAAGGAUGCCAAGGAGAAUGCCAUGUUUCCACAGAGCCUUGGGACCUCGAAUGCCAGAGCGGAGACCUUCUCUCCCCGUGUCCGAAGAGCCACAACCUCAAGGACAGAGAGGAUAUGGCCUGGGGGCGUCAUCCCCUAUGUCAUUGGAGGGAAUUUCACCGGAAGCCAGAGGGCCAUUUUUAAGCAGGCCAUGAGACACUGGGAGAAGCACACCUGUGUGACCUUCAUAGAGAGGACGGAUGAAGAAAGCUUUAUUGUGUUCAGUUAUAGAACCUGUGGCUGUUGUUCCUAUGUUGGGCGAAGAGGAGGAGGCCCACAGGCCAUAUCCAUUGGGAAAAACUGUGACAAGUUUGGCAUUGUGGCUCAUGAGCUGGGCCACGUGGUUGGGUUUUGGCACGAACAUACCCGGCCAGACAGAGACCAGCAUGUCACCAUCAUCAGAGAAAACAUCCAGCCAGGUCAGGAGUAUAAUUUCUUAAAAAUGGAAGCUGGGGAAGUGAGCUCUCUGGGAGAGACGUACGACUUUGACAGCAUCAUGCACUACGCCCGGAACACCUUCUCAAGAGGAGUUUUCUUAGACACCAUCCUUCCCCGUCGAGACGACAAUGGCGUCAGGCCAACCAUUGGCCAGCGUGUGCGGCUCAGUCAGGGAGACAUAGCUCAAGCCAGGAAGCUAUACAAAUGCCCAGCAUGUGGGGAGACCCUGCAGGACACAACGGGAAACUUUUCCGCACCUGGUUUUCCAAAUGGCUACCCUUCUUAUUCCCAUUGCGUCUGGAGGAUAUCGGUCACUCCAGGGGAAAAGAUCGUUUUAAACUUCACGUCUAUGGAUUUGUUUAAAAGCCGCCUGUGCUGGUAUGAUUACGUGGAGGUCCGCGAUGGUUAUUGGAGGAAAGCCCCCCUGUUGGGUAGGUUUUGUGGUGACAAAGCCCCGGAGCCCCUCGUCUCCACAGACAGCCGGCUCUGGGUGGAGUUCCGGAGCAGCAGCAACAUCCUGGGCAAGGGUUUCUUCGCGGUGUAUGAAGCUACCUGUGGGGGAGACAUUAACAAAGACGCCGGCCAGAUUCAAUCUCCCAACUACCCGGAUGACUACAGACCUUCCAAGGAAUGUGUCUGGAGGAUUACAGUUUCGGAGGGGUUUCACGUGGGGCUCACCUUCCAGGCUUUUGAGAUUGAAAGGCAUGACAGCUGUGCAUAUGACUACCUGGAAAUCCGCGAUGGCCCCACGGACGAGAGCACCCUGAUUGGCCACUUUUGUGGCUAUGAGAAGCCAGAGGAUGUGAAAUCGAGCUCUAACAGAAUGUGGAUGAAGUUUGUGUCCGAUGGCUCUAUCAAUAAAGCGGGCUUUGCAGCCAAUUUUUUCAAGGAAGUGGAUGAGUGUUCCUGGCCAGAUCGUGGAGGGUGUGAGCAACGCUGCAUGAACACGCUGGGCAGCUACCAGUGCGCGUGUGAUCCUGGCUAUGAGCUGGCCGCCGAUAGGAAGACGUGUGAAGUGGCCUGUGGCGGUUUCAUUACCAAGCUGAACGGAACCAUCACCAGCCCGGGGUGGCCGAAGGAUUACCCCAUCAACAAAAACUGUGUCUGGCAGGUGGUGGCCCCCACUCAGUACCGGAUCUCCCUUCAGUUUGAAGUAUUUGAACUGGAAGGCAACGAUGUCUGUAAGUACGACUUCCUGGAGGUGCGCAGCGGCCUGUCCCCCGACGCCAGGCUGCACGGCAGGUUCUGUGGCUCCGAGACACCCGAGGUCAUCACCUCACAGAGCAACAAUAUGCGUGUGGAGUUCAAGUCAGACAACACGGUCUCCAAACGCGGCUUCCGGGCCCACUUCUUCUCAGACAAGGACGAGUGUGCUAAGGACAACGGCGGGUGCCAGCACGAGUGCGUCAACACGUUCGGGAGCUAUCUGUGCCGGUGCAGGAAUGGCUACCGGCUCCAUGAGAAUGAGCACGACUGUAAAGAGGCUGGCUGUGCGCAUAAGAUCAGCAGUGCAGAGGGGACCCUGGUGAGCCCCAACUGGCCUGACAAAUACCCCAGCCGGAGGGAGUGCACCUGGAACAUCUCUUCAACCGAGGGCCACAGGGUGAAACUUACGUUUAAUGAGUUUGAGAUCGAACAGCACCAGGAAUGUGCCUACGACCACCUGGAAGUGUAUGACGGGCCCGACAGCCUGGCCCCCGUCCUUGGCCGUUUCUGCGGCAGCAAGAAACCAGACCCCGUGGUGGCUUCAGGCAGCAGCCUGUUUCUCAGGUUUUACUCUGAUGCCUCGGUGCAGAGGAAAGGCUUCCAGGUGGUGCACAGCACAGAGUGCGGAGGCAGACUGAAGGCUGAAGUGCAGACCAAAGAGCUCUAUUCCCAUGCCCAGUUUGGGGACAACAACUACCCGAGUCAGGCCCGCUGUGACUGGGUGAUCGUGGCGGAGGACGGCUACGGCGUGGAGUUGAUAUUCCGGACCUUUGAGGUCGAGGAGGAAGCCGACUGUGGCUACGACUACAUGGAAGUUUACGACGGCUACGACAGCACGGCCCCCAGGCUCGGCCGCUUCUGUGGCUCGGGGCCAUUGGAAGAAAUCUACUCUGCAGGAGAUUCUCUGAUGAUUCGGUUUCACACGGAUGACACCAUCAACAAGAAAGGCUUUCAGGCCCGGUACACCAGUACCAAAUUCCAGGACGCCCUGCACAUGAAGAAAUAAUGUCAACGUUCUUGAAAGAGAGGAACGGGGAAGGUUUUUUUUUGUUUGUUUGUUUGUUUGUUUUUUUCAAUAAAAAUAGCACCUUGUGAAUCUGCCCUAAAACAGUGUACAGUAUUUUUCUCAAACAAAAACUCAAAAUCUAGUCUUGGAGGUAUGUAUUUGAUGAAAUUUAGCCAACGAGUUAGAGAGAAGAUGUUCCUUGGAUUCUGGCUGCAACAUUAUCAACUGUGGACUUUUAAAGAAGAUUAAGGUUUGACGUCACUGAUCAUUCAAGUUAUGCCUGUUCCGACCCAUUCUCCUUCUUCCUUGCUCCUAUGGGGCAAAAGACCAGACCGUGGGAUGGUCAUUCCUCUAUUUGUGAGCGUGCUUCCAUAGGUGCCAGCUGCAUGACCGUGUCCUGGAGACGCAGGCUGUCUUGUGUCUACACUGGGCAACGAGGAUUAAAGCUUGGCUGUGGCUGAUUUGUUACACAGCUUUGGCUGGAGACUUUUGCUUCUCUCUGUCAGAGACAUAUCAGUAAGGAAAGCUGAGAAUAUGGACAUUGGGACUAACAAAGGCAUGACGGUAAGCGGUGCACACAGGUUGCUUGAGUAUGAGAAUCAUCGUCACGGAGCCAGGAGUCCUCCAGCCUUUUCUCUGUGUCAUCAGCUCUUGCUCGCGUUAUCUUGUUCCCUUGUACGUAAUUACAUCAGGAGGCUAAGGCGUCUGCUGUGAAUUUCAGCAGAACAUUUGCUGGUGAGGGUCCCCAGUUUGCCGAGAAGAACACCUCCUGGCUCCUCCUGAUAUUCCGUUACUCGUCACUCGAUGGCUUUGAGAAGACGCCACCUGUGCUUGGGAUUCCAUGGGCUUAGAAGAACCUUUCUUCCUCCCUCCAGCUGUGGAGGCCCUUGCUGUGGUUGACCUCGACUCCUUGACAACCAACUCAAACUGCAUUUACAAAAUGUGCAAAAACCUCCUAUGAGGGACCAGCUCAGCUCCCUCGGGGGGUGAACACUGUUGAAAAAUUGGUUAAUUGUAAGUUAUGUAAGAAUCAACACCCUGUGGAACACGUCUACCUGUGACUGACUUCCUGUCACCGAUUAGGUUCACGAGUGCAUUGGUGACUUUGCUCAGACUAACUACUAUCCAAUCACCAACUUGCAAUCAGAAUUCACCCCCUGGCACUUGUUUUAGAGAAGUGUGGCGGAUGUUGUUUACAUAACUGUAGAACCUCCAGGUAAAUGUUAAACAGUGAGGUAGUUUUGAAUGGCAUUUCAUUAAGGCAUCUAUGGGCAUUAUGAGCUAAAAGCUGUGGUAUGUAGCUUUAAAAGAGUAUUUAUGUUGGAAUAAUUUUAAAUAAUGUUUACAUAACCAUAAGUCCUGUUUGGUUGGUACUGAACACAGGAUAGAGCACGAGAGUAUUUUCAGUGAGCGCCUAGAUAGUUCCCAAGCAUCAGAAUUCCUUUGGGAUGAAUCAGCAUUAUUUUAAACAAAGUAUUUGCAAAAGAUUAAAGGUUAUAUUUUUUAAAGAUCUGAAUAUGUCCCCCCCAGAGGACUAUGUCUGAUUAAAAUGAAUGCUGGGAGUAAAAAAAAAGAAGAAGAAGAAGAAGAAUACAAAGAAAGGUAGAAAAAAUGCAUGGAAAUAUUUUUUUCCUUAAAACAAAAAAAUCAAAGUAUUAUUAUUAAUAAUAAUAUAUGUCUGUAUAUAUGUAUGUAUGUAAAGGAUCAGCUGUCAGGGCCUUAAUCAACGCAGUGUGAUAAAUGCCGACCCACUAACCAUAGCUUUACCGAGCAGGCCCUUCUGAACCGGCCCUGCGUUUUAUGUGUUCCCUUUCACCAAGCUCUCUCUUGGCCUCUCUUGGCCCUGUGUGGAGGUUCAGCCUACAUUUUCAUAUCAUGAUAUAUACCCCAGGGAAUCUUUGAUUCAGCAAAUGAAGCAGCUUGUCUGGUGGUUCAGGUCUCACCUGCCUGUUAGGGUGGAUUCCAUUUUUCUGAUUUUUGUAUUUUCUGGGGUUUUAUUUUGUUGCACCUUAGUUGUCCGAGUUGAAACUGAAAUCAGGAUACCGAUUAGGUUAAAGAGUGCAUCGGUGACUUUGCUCACCGAUAAGCUGUUAAGGGUCUUUCCCCAAAGACGUGAAAGCUCUGUAGUUUCAAGCUGUAGAAGUCUAAGUAAGAUUAAUGAUUUUCCUGGAUAAGUGGGAGGGACUCAGAAACAGUUAGCUUUGCUUCAGUGUAUGCCACCCUUGUGAAACAAUGGUACUUAUUUUUAUCUCUUUAGUAUGAGUCUUUUCAGAAACACACAACUUCAACAAUUAUCAACCUAUGGCCAAUUUGAAACAAUGGGACUCUUAUGAAAACCUUUAUUUAGGCCUCUGGGAAUGACGUAGUCCCAGAAAAGACAAGCUCUGAUUCAACUGGGACUGGCCAGACCCAGACCGCUGCCCUGGAAGUUCACAAUACGUGAUUUAUGCAUAAAGCAAGCUCUGCAAGGGACCACCUGGUUGGCUUCACGAAAGUAAAGUCUGUUCAGCAGAGAGACCCAGGCCCUCUGCUUUGGCUUUUCCAAUGCGCGGUGACCUUCCUGCACACAUCUCUGGAUGCAGAUGAAGGAGCUAGGGGACACUGCUCCACCCUGCUUUGUCCUCUAAUUGAGUGCUGGGCCUUGGGGGUGUCGCAGAGCUCCAAGACUACCUUCAGUUCAGAGAAUUAGCUUGAUGAUCUCAUGAAAUAUUUGGGGUUGGGUCUUCAGCCUGGUCCAGUUCUAGUGUAACCUGGUCUAGUAGAAGCUAGAACCUGGACCCCAGGGCAGGGUAUACUGUGUUUCUCCGAAAAUAAGACCUAACUGGAAAAGAAUCCCUAGCAUGAUUUUUCAGGGUGACAUCCCCUGAACAUAAAAGCCCUAAUGUGUCUUUUGGAGCAAAAAUUAACAUAAGACCUGGUCUUAUUUUGGGGGAAACACGGUCUGUAAUUAACUUUAGACUGUGGAAAUUCUCCAAACAGAGAAUAUGAGGCUGUGCGUUGGUUCACUGUAUUUUCUUCUAAAGUUAAGUCUCACAUUACUCAUGAAAUGCUCAGCCUGUUUAAGUCACAUGUAACAUCUUGUUAACUAUCAAAUUCACACUGGGAUUUGCCAUUGAUCUGGUCCCUCUGAUAAGUCCCAAGUAGCUCAUGGUAUUGUCCCUGUUCAAUUUGUGAACAAAUCCUCCCUUGGCUUCAGCAGAUGGUUUUUAAGUUUCAUUUGUAGACUGAACUUCUGAAAAAUAACCCCAAAUGCCUAAAGAUUUCUUAAAAAAACAAAAAACAAAAACUGUUCAGAGUGUUAUCUAGAAAUAUACUGUAUUUUCAAUUUUGUGUAAUUUUACAUUUCAUUAACUGAAGUGUUGUCAGUUUCAAAGAGAAAGU